ACCAGAGUCGAUUGGACGAAAAGACCCAAUGCAACAGUUGUUAGUCUGAAUAAUUGCCACCAUUAUCUGAACUACACCUUGCAGAAUUUAAACCCAAAGCAAGUAUACACAGCAGGGAAUCAAUACUUACCCCUAUUGGUAUUGUUAUUAAUCACCGAUCCGAUAUAUUUUGUUUUCUACAAGGAAGAAAAAUUCAGUGCCACGAUAAAAUUCCCUGUGUAGAUCAGCGGUACAACACACUUAAGUACACAUCGAGUUGUGGAUUUUUUCUCCAGUUACUACUUUACCGAGAAAAGUGUGAUAUUCAGGGAUCAUACUGUUGAGAAUUUGACAUCAACAAAAUGACAUAUAAUUAGACAAUAUGAGUAAUUCAGAAGACGUUCCUCUGCCACUAGAGAAUGAGGCAUUUAAAGAUGAUAAAAGAGAAAAAGAGCUUCUUGCAAUUCGACUUCAACGAGCAAUUCGAGAGAAAAAAGUUUCGGAAGCGAAGAACCUUCUCUCGGAGAAACCUGAUAUACACUAUAAAGACAAGGUGGGGUCUCAAUGUUUACACUAUGCAGCACAGGAGGGGUUCCUGGACAUUGUGAAAUUGUUGUUGGAAGAGGGCGCUCAUGUAAAUUGCUUUGAUCACAAUGGACGAUCGCCUCUACAUAACGCGGCCUCAAGAGGUCAUCUGGAUGUGGUCAUCCACCUGGUGGCGAACGGUGCUCAAGUGGCAUCCUUAGACUGGGAUAAUCACACUCCGUUUGAAAAAGCAGUGAUUUCACGCUGUGUUGACGUUGUGGAAGUUUUACUGACGUUUGGGGCAGAACCAAAUUUACAGGACUGGACUUGGGUGAUGGAUAUGAAAGAAAAAGAAAAAAAGAUCCUAGAGAUUAUAACCAGUCAUAAUCCUCUAGUACCUGGAUAUAGAUAUGAGGGGAUAAAAUUCGCUGUGGUUCAGGUGAAACCCAACGAAGACUGUCCAUUGACGAUGCUGAACUUGACAGUGAAAGCCAUUGAUGUCCGAAAUCCGUUCAUUCUCUUUUGUCGAAAAAUGCAAUCGGAGUUUACAGAGCUAAAAUCACUUCUUAGAGAGGAGGAGAUACCUUACAGUGAUAUGUUUGAAAUUCGAACUUGGGGAGUAACUAGGAAAACUCUCACACUGUCGUUGAUAGUCGAAGGAGUACCUAACUGUAACGAACAUUUGAAGAUUGUAUCACCUCUUGGACACAUCGGGAGAGUUGACAACUUUGUGAAGAACGACGAUGAAAAUACAACAGAGGUCUUGAUAACGAUAAAAAUGAAUAGCAAAGGUCCCACUCAAUUCGCCAUCGCAAGUGUCUUCAAAAAGGAAACGUUUGCAAUAUCUAAAGAGGAAGUCAAGAUCCAACCGAUGUCAGAACCGGAAGCUGAAAUAGACAUUCCUAAAGGCACGUUCGCAACUGCGGGAGAGCUUCAGCUGAAUGUAAUGGACACUAAAGAUGUAAACGAGGAUGAGGAGGACGAAUCCGGACCUCUUUUGAUGACAAAUGUGAUUGACAUGUCGAUGAGCGAUGGACAACAGCCAAAAGAAGAGAUCGUGAUGAAGCUACCAAUUCACAAUAAAGGGGAUGAUAAGGAGGCGGAGAUGUGUGUGUUAGCUACUUCAGAGGAAGAUCCAGAUGACCCCGAUGACUGGGAGAUUAUACAUGCGGAAAAAGAUUCCAAAGGAAAAGCUGCGGUAUUCAAGAUAAAACACUUCUCCAUUUAUGCUGGAGCCAAUAAGAAAAAGGUAGUGGAGGACAAACUGGCAGUGAUAGUGGCCAUUACGCGGUCAAUCAACAAAGAAAGAAAGGUACAAUUUCGAGUGUUUACAAGACUUGCCCAAGAGCGGGGGAAAUUUCAACUUAUCGUAGAGUGCUGGACCCCAAAGAAAUUGCGAAAGAGCACAACAAAGUGGGAAAAUGAAGGCUGUGAAAUGGUAGAUGGUCCAAAGGGAACUUUCAUCAUUGAUGAAAAACAAACAUUUAAGUUGUCAUUCAAAGGGAAUUGCAGGAAGAUAUCUAGUGAGACGAAUGGCAAUGAUGAUGAAGCAGAGGUGGACGCGAUGAAUGGUGACAACGACAAUGACAGAGAUGAUAACGGCGAUGAUUCAGUUGUAAUGGACUUUGUGGGAAAAAAGGGACACACGUUCACCGUCGUUGACAUGGUUGUCUUGAAUACCGACAAACCCCAGGGAAAAGUCAAAAUUGAGAAGGAGAAAAAUACCAUAGUCCAAAUAAAACAAAAAGUAGCCGACACAGGGUCUUUCUGUACAGGGAAAGGAAAGACAAUCGUCGUAGAUAAAGUGAAGAUUGAGUUCGAGGAACUGACUGAGUUUCUCUUAGGCGUCAAGCUUCCUCCACCACCAAAACCAUUGAGAGAACCCACUGAUAUUCAACUGCAAAGUCUUAAGGAGGAGAAGAAAUUAGAAGAAUUCAUCGAGAAAACAGAAUUAGAAAAUCCAAGUUUUGUGCCAGGAAUGGAUAUGAGAAAUCUCUCAAACAUUGCACGUCAGCUGAAUGAUGAAGAAGCAAUAAUUUUUGGGAAGAACUUGGGUCUGUCGAACGACGAUAUCGAAAAGUAUAUGAGUAUGACAUUUGGCGCUGUGUGGAUGUUGAGACAAUACCGAGGCAAACGUCCACAUUUCUCUCAGAAAAGCCACAUUAAAAGAGCACUAGAGGCCAUUGAUCGUCACGAUCUCGUGCAUUUGAUUAUUCCACAAGAGGAUGGGCAGAAUGUUACAAUGAUACCCAAGACUGUGGUAACGAAUGAGAGAUUUGAUAUCCCUGACAAGGCAAAGGACUACGACGUCACUGAACAUGAAAAAUAUCCCUCUGAAACACCGUUCAUGGACACAAAUGACGUAAAUUCCAAUGUUGAGGAGGCGAUUGCCAACGACGAAGAAUAGACACAUAAAUAUAGAAUACAUUUAUACCAUGCUAAUCUUCUACAAAAUGACAGUUUGAAUAACAAAGAGUGUGGGUAUUAGUAUUAUAUUUCAACAUAUCCAUGCGACAUAAACACCUUUGAUUUACCCAUUUAAUCUUUCAUUAACACUUAUUAUUCUUAAAGAUAUUCAUAUUGACGCGAAAAUAGUAUCUUUCUGUUGAUAUUUACGGGUACAUGUACAUUGCGAACGAUACUUGUAUAUGUGAUAUUUAAAUCCUGUUGUAAUGCUUUUUUGUUUUUUGUUUUUGUUUUUGGGGUGUUUUUUUUUUUUGGUUUUUUUUGUUUUUUUAACCAAAUGUGGUGUUGUUCAUAGAUUUUAUGAUUUUAAAUUGUUUUUGAUAUCUGUUUGCUUACAGAGUGAAUGGAUAAAGGUAGAGUAAUGUUUGUUUCUGGCACUACACGUGGUUUUAAAUAUGCACCCUUUUGCUAUUAUUAGAUUAAUUGCACUUCGUUGUAUUUGCAGUAUUUUCCAGCACAUCUGUUUGCAUUUCGAUACAGAGUUGAGGUUGAUCUUUUGAAAAUCAUUUCAUUCAAAUGAAAAAAAGUUAUUAAUUUGAUCGAUAUCGUAUAUGCAAUAUAUUCAUAUAUUCUGUAUAAUGACAUUAGAACGUAGAAGGAAAUAAUCAUAAUCUACGUUUGUAUCUUGUGAAAAAAUGUUUACUGUAUUUAAUUUCACCCUUGAAACACAUUUCAUAUACGAUAUGUUAUAAAAUUAUACUUAAGCUUAAAGAUGACGAAUUUUCUUCUUUUCUUAAAUAGCAAUUUCAUCUUUCUUUCCCUCAUAGUGAUUUCACCAAACAACAGAUAGUGAUAGACUGACAAUUAAAUGAUCAAACAGUUAUAAUGUUUCAGGGAUAAAUUCUUACAGGGAAUGUGUUAAAAGUUGAUACAAAUAUAUGCUUGUUUACCAAAGAAAACCACGUGACCACGAAGUAGUAGGUUUAUGGACAAAAUAAGGAAAUGAAAUGGAACACACAGAUUAAAACCGUUUCAACGCUCUUUCUGUUUUCAAGGCCCAUCAUGAAAUUGACUUUAUAAAACAACUAUAAAUGAACAAAAUCCGUAUAAUCUUUGUGCCCACAAGUACGACCAAGGAAUAACAACCGCUUUAGCGUUCAGUUAAUGCAAGGUUGAAAUAAUUUCUUUACAUAAAAUUAUGACCUUGCGUUCCGAGAUUUCCAGUCAAAUUUCUGGAGUUCCAGUAAAGGUUUUGUCAAACCCCUAUCUUAACGAAAACAUUACCAGCUGUGAAGGAGACACUUUAAACCUAUUGUGCUACAACAUACGCCAGAAGUGAUGUGAAUCAAAUGUGGUUUCUAAAACAUUCUAAAAACUUUCUAGGAAAUGUUUUUCAUAUCAGCAACAUUAAAACGUAUUAUUUUCCACACUUUUCACGAUCAUUUCUCAUGAUAAAUUCAAGACUAGAUCUUUUGACAUCAUAGACAGUUGCCUCUUUAACAAAAAUGCAAAAAAUGAAAUAUUCAUAUUUAGUGAUCAGUCAUUUAAAACAAUACUUUGUUAAACACAAUUCUGAUUCUGAGCACUACGAACAUAUCAAAUCGACAUAUGAAUGAAAAUGAUACAUACAAUUUUUAGGAGAUAAAAUGUCAUCGAUAGCAAUUUUAGCCUUAUCAGAAAGUGUGGACACUAAAUGAUAAAUAAAGAAGUAAAUAAAUUUAUAAAAACAACAUUACUAUUUCAAUAGUGUACACAAUACGCUAUAAUUCAAUAUCACAUGUAUGCACGAUACCAGCACAAUUUUAUAUAUUAUAAUUAUAUCGGCUUCUAAUUCAUGCAUAGUUUGUCUUUAAGCUCUGACAGUGCAAAUAUGAUCUAAAUAUUUCAAUUAAUUAAGGAAUGAUAUUAGUAAAGCCAUUCUUUUUAGUUAUCUAUAGAAAUUUUUCAUGGAGAUAAGAUUUAAAGUAAAGAUGGAUACGGAUUAAUCUAAUGAUAUCAACAGAAAAGCUAUUAACAUUUUUCUUGCAAAAUUUAUUGGCAAACAUAUUUUAAAAGAUUCGGUACCCCUUUAAGUUAAUUUUGGAUUUAAAGGUUAAUAGUAAUAGUUCUGAAUAAUAUAUCACUAAAUUUAUAACCCAUAAUAUUUAAUCAUCUUUCGCUACUUCAUGUUUUUUUCUCACUAUUCCUCACAUACGUUUUAUUGCCUUUCUACACGUGUUUGAUGAGAAUUUACUAGCGCCCUCUUUGCUGUCUUGUUGAAAUGAAAACCGUGUCAAACAUAAAACAGUGACAAAUUAAGCGAUGUAAAUGUACUAGUAUGCCAAGAUAUGUGCUAUGUUGAGAUUGAUUUCAUAAAAUCUGGAUUUAGAACUAUCCAAAUAAAGAUUCAUAGUAUGCCAAACCUAAAUUUACAUUUGUAUUCAUUUUAUCGAUCAUAAAACAACACAAUUACAUGUACUGACAUUUUCUCAGUCAAUACCAAGUUUUAGUUACCCUCAAAUAAUGCAUUCAGCUCACCCUUUUGACAUAUUGUACUUGUUGGAUAUUAAAAACGAGGUAUUAACCACAAAAACAUGUCACAAAUUGUAUAAAUAUACACAAAAGAAGAUCGCCGCCCAUAGAGAGUAUUUGCAAUGCAACACUGUAUAACUGGUUUUGUUGUGAUCAGCACUUUGGUAGAUUUUGGUGUUGUUUUUUGUUUUGUUUUCUCUCCCAACAGCAUAGAUUUUAAUUGAUAUAUAGUAAGGCAAAUUCAAAUGAAUAAAAAUGUUAGUGAUCUAUUUUUAUUGGGACUUUCGCACUACCAUUUCAUAGACAGACAAGAUGUAAAAAUCAAACUUUAAGUGAACAUUAUUUUGAAAUGGAUUUAUUUCAAAUCAUCGAAAACUGGAGCAGCUCCAAUGUUUACGUCAUUUGGCGAUUCAUCAGAAAUUUCCUUCAAAAAUGUUAUGUAAUACCUAAUUCUUGGGUUAUCGUCACUCGAUUCAUCGCCAUUCAUACUAUAUCAAAGGGUUUCGUCAGAAACGUUUCUCCUACUAUUUGUCUAUAAAUUGGCAUACCACCAUAAUUACAUAAAAUAAAUAUAAAUCCGUAUUAGGGUAUUAAAUUUCUCGAAGUACGUCCAGAGGCGUGUGAUCAGUGAAACUGUUGAUUAUUGUAAUUUGUCACCUUAUAUCAGAUGUUAUCCAAUGCAGUACAUGUAAUAUUAAAGACUUAAACAACACGCCAA